AUGGCGGAACCCGCGCGUAUGAAUAUCAAGGCUGGUCCCCAUAGAACCACUGCCCACCAACCCCAGAUUCCCCAUACAAACGAAGGUGGCCAAAUUGCGCUGUGGUACGAGUCUCCCCGAUGGCUUGCCAUCGCAAAGGCAAACCCAAAUUACUGCGAUAUUCUGUCACGGAACGACCCCAGGCGGCCAGGGCGGCCACAGCCGACAGCGCAGGACGCCGGCAGCCAAUCGCUUAAGGACCAAUAA